AUGAUCUGGUCUUUCCACAGUCCCAGUGGCGCGGAGCUGCCGAUGUAUUCCAGCGCAAAUGCAGGAUGGAGUUUGGGCAAGGGCCACCCGGACAUACAAGUGGCACAAGGCUUCUCUGUGCGCAUCUUCCGGACGUCAAGCUCCCGCGGCUGCCUGGAUGCACUUGGUCAGGAAGAGUACAUCCCGCAAGAGAUGCUUCAGGGCUUGCUCCCCGAUGCCCUCCUGGAUCGAUACAAGUUCUGGCGAAGCAAGGAGGCCGACGGGGAGGUGCUGGUUGGAGAGGAACGGGCCACCUCGGACCAACCAACCGAGCUCAUCGUGAAGCCUAGCAACCUUCUGGGCCCUUUUGAGGGGGCGCUUGCCACGGUGGAGCGGCGAAGGCUUCCAGGUGGACACGAUCCCGAGUUUCUGGUCAACUCAAAGUCAGGGAUGUGUGGCUUGACCAUGGUGCUGGCGCGCCUUGAGAACCUCUCGCACAUCCUGGUGUGGAGCAGAAGUGUUUCUGAGAUGUGA